GUAGAGGAUCAACAGCGGCUGAGCUUCCAACGCAGAAUUUGGUAUCAUUUGAGGAUGUAGCUGUGUUUUUCUCUGUGGAGGAGUGGGCCCUGCUGGACUCUGAGCAAAAAGACCUGUACCAAGAGGUCAUGCUGGAAAACAAGAGGAACGUGGCCUCCUUAGACCCUCUCAUGGCCAUGGCUUCAUCUCCUGGAACCUCAGUUCUUUGUAGUGGUGGAUCAACAGUGGCUGAGCUUCCAAUGCAGGAUUUGGUAUCGUUUGAGGAUGUAGCUGUGUUUUUCUCCGUGGAGGAGUGGGCCCUGCUGGACUCUGAGCAAAAAGCCCUGUACCAAGAGGUCAUGCUGGAAAACAAGAGGAAUAUCGCCUCAUUAGGUGACAGAUGGGAGAUGGAGGAUUCUGGCCAAGAGGCAGCAGCACCUUUGCCAAAAGACAAAAACGAAGUUGCAGAAAAGAUAUAUGGAAAGCAAAGUUCAGAGCAAAACCAGUUAACGGGGGAGCUGGAGAAUUGCUCUGGUUUACCUUGUCUGGCUAUCAAUGUCUUAUUGGACACAGAUGAUAGCCAUGAAAAAGAAAUGUUUUCAAGGUGUGGGAAAAGACUCUGCGAUGAAUCAGGAUUAUGUGACUGUGGCGAAAGCCCUGCUGGUGAGAAACAAGAUGAAAGCAGGCAAAACCUCAGAGGGAGCCUUCCUCCUCCUUUACAUGAAAGAAUAAAAGAAGGAGGGAAAUUGUUAAAAUCUACGGAGUGUGCAGAAAGUUUCAGUACAAGCUGUUCCCUUGCAUUGCAUAAAAAGAUUCACAAAGCAGAGGAUCCGCACAAAUGUCUGGAUUGUGGAAGGACCUUCAGUCAGAAAAACCAUCUUAAUUCACAUCAGAGGGUCCACAAAGAGAAGCAGCAUCAUGAAUGCAUUCCCUGUGGAAAGACCUUUGGAAGCAGCGCCUCCCUUACUUCCCAUCAAAACCUCCACAGAGAGGAGAAGUUGCAUCAACGCAGGGAGGGUAGAACAAGGUUUACUCAGAGCAAGGAACCAAAUUCCCAGAAAAAAAGCCCCACUGGGAAGAAAUCAUGUAAAUGCCUGGAGUGGGAAAAGCCGUAUCAUUGCAUGGUGUGUGGAAAAAGCUUUGCACAAAAGGGCAAUUUCAAUUUACAUAAGAGAAUCCACACUGGAGAGAAGCCGUAUAAAUGCACAGAGUGUGGAAAAUGCUUCAGUGCCUCAGGUGCCCUUACUUCCCAUAAGAGGAUCCACACUGGAGAAAAGCCAUAUAAAUGCACAGAGUGUGGAAAAUGCUUCAGUGCCUCAGGUACUCUUACUUCCCAUAAGAGGAUCCACACAGGGGAGAAACCCUAUGAAUGCCUGGAGUGUGGAAAAAGCUUUAGCAGAAGCAGUGCUCUAAACUUACAUAAUAGGAGGCAUAAAGGGGAGAAACCUUAUAAAUGCCUGCAAUGUGGAAAAAGCUUCAGUCAAAAAGUUUGUCUUAAGUCACAUGAGAUGAUCCACACGGGAGAAAAACCAUUUCAAUGCAUGGAGUGUGGAAAGAGCUUCCAUUGCUCUGCACAACUUACUGCCCAUCACAGAAUCCACACAGGGGAGAAGCCAUUUCAGUGCCUGCAGUGUGGAAAACGCUUUGCCCGUUCUGCUGGCCUUCAUGUCCAUGAACGGACCCACACAGGGGAGAAACCAUACAAAUGCCUGGAGUGUGGAAAGAGCUUCCAUAAAUACGACUUUCUAAUUUCCCAUAGAAGAAUCCACACUGGAGAGAAACCGUAUCAAUGCACCGAGUGUGGGAAAUGCUUCACUACAUCCUAUAGUCUUACUGUCCAUAAAAGGACCCACACAGGUGAAAAACCUUAUAAAUGCACUGAAUGUGACAAAAACUUUACUAACUCGGCGGCCCUCACUUGUCACAAAAGGCUCCACACUGGGGAGAAACCAUUUGAAUGCCACACGUGUGGAAAGAGCUUCAGUGAAAAAAAAAGCUAUGUCGUACAUAGCAGGACCCACACUGGGGAGAAACCAUAUCAGUGCCAGGAGUGUGGAAAACGUUUCAGUGAUUCUGGAGCACUGACAAUCCAUAAAAGGAUUCACACAGGGGAGAAACCCUAUAAGUGCACGGAGUGUGGCAUGAGUUUCAGAAGAAGUGAUUGCUUUGGUAUCCACAUGAGGAUCCACACUGGGGAGAAACCGUAUACAUGUCAUGAGUGCGGAAAAAGCUUUAGUCAAACUAGUUCACUCAUGAUCCAUAGAAGAGUUCACUCAGGGGAGAAACCCUAUAAAUGCCUGGAGUGUGGAAAAUGUUUUCGUAUGAGUACAGCAGGAAUCUUGCGCUCCAUAAAAGAAUCCACACAGGGGAGAAGCCGUAUACAUGUCAUGAGUGCGGAAAAAGCUUUAGUCAAAAUAAUUCACUCAGGAGCCAUAGAAGGCUUCACUCGGGAGCAACCCUAUAAAUGCCUGGAGUAUGGAAAACGUUAUUGUGAUAGUAGCGGUCUUACCUCCCACAAUAGGAUCCACACAGGGGAGAAACCGUUUAAAUGCAUCGACUGCGGAAAGAGUUUCAAAGACGGCAGGAAUCUAAGGCUCCAUAAAAGAAUCCACACAGGGGAGAAACCGUAUCAGUGUGUGGAAUGUGGAAAGAGCUUCAGAACCAGGAGUGAGUUUAAUCAACAUAAGAAGUUGCAUAGCAGGGAAAGAUGAUGUGAAUUGGUUUGUGUUGAUUUGCUUUAUGUCCAUAGAGGUUUUGCAGGAGAUUCUGGAGAAAUGCAUGGAGUGUGGGAAGGGCUUCUGAAGCAGCAGAAAUGUCUUGAUCCAUUAAAAAGAAGAGUUCCCUUGUAGAACUAGGAAUUAACUUUUGGAUAGUAGAUCUUUGUGCUGGAGUAGAGUAGAAAAAAAUUAGAAACAGUAAAAAUAGAAAUGGAAUAGAAUAUAGAAAUGAGAAAUAAGAAGGGAAUUAUCUCAUUGGCCAAGUGUCAUUGGACAUACAAUGUGUGUGUCUCCAAUGCAUACGCUCUCAAGUGUACAUAACAUACAACAAAUGAUCAACUUUUGUCAAUGCAAAUAGCAAAGGGAGGGAGGGAUUUGGGAAC